AUGUCGAUCCGCAAGCGCAACGAGUUCCUCGACGGAGAUGAUAGUGAGGAGGAGCUCGAGAAUGGCUAUAAUUCUGAGGAUGAGGCAGGAAGAGGUGCCAUCGCAGGAAAUUCGAACAAGAGGCGCAAAGUCGAGUCGGAAUCUGAAGCUUCUUUCGAUGCGCUGGACGAUGAGGAGGAAGUCUCGAAGGCAGUCGGAAAAGUGCAGGAUGAUCGAUUCAACUUCGACAACAUCACCGGCGACGAUUUCGAGGACGAUGUAGACGUGGAGGAACGAGAGCGGGACAUCGAGCGAUCAGAUCACGACAGAAUAAAGCCCAACAAGUCCUCGAAAUCGAAGGCAGAGAAAGAGUUGGAGGUAGCUGAAAAGGCUGUCAGGAAGUCUGGUGUUGUCUACAUCUCCCGAGUACCUCCAUUCAUGAAACCACAAACGCUCAAGCACUUCCUCGAACCACAUGCACGAAAAGGUCUGGGUAGGAUUUUCCUCACCCCCGAAGACCAUGCGGCACACGCGAAACGGGUCAAGAGCGGCGGCAACAAGAAGAAGUCAUUCACAGAUGGCUGGGUAGAGUUCAAGAGCAAGAACGAGGCCAAGAUCGCUGCGGAGACACUGAACGGCAACAUCAUUGGGGGCAAGAAGGGCAAUUUCUAUCGCGACGAUCUGUGGAACAUGAAGUACUUGAAAGGUUUCAAGUGGAAUCAUCUGACGGAGCAGAUCGCCAACGAGAAUGCCGAGAGGGCAGCGAGGACACAGCAGGAGAUUCGCAAGACCAGGAAAGAGAACAAGGCGUUUGUGGAGGACAUUGAGCGGGCGAAGAUGCUGGAGGGUAUGGAGAGUAAGAAGAAGGCGAAGAUGGAGAGGGGAGGCGCUGCGGAUGCUGGAAAUGUUGAACAACAGAAGAGGGACUUCAAGCAGCGAAAGCCGCGAGCGGACGAGAGCAAGGGUUCGGCCAAAAAGCCUGUCGCUGAGCAGAAAGUGAUGAAGAUGAUACUUUAG